AUGAUCGAAAAGCAAGAAUCGGAAUUAAGCAAACAGACUUUUCCCUCCACAGAACAAGAUGAUUUACUCGAUUCAGAUCCUCUAAUUCUCAUUCCGAAUCAUGACUAUGAUGAUGAUGAUUAUGAAUCAUUAUUAAUAACUUCAUCAAUUAUUCAAAAUCAAAAUAGUGAAAAUAGUAUUGAUCAAAAUGAUUCAUGUUCGUCCGAAAGAAAGAAUCCAAUCAGAUAUAAAUCAUUUCCUCCUCAUCAGGGAGUGCUCUGUUCUGGCUGUUGUAAAAAGAUUCAAAAUUGCGAAUUGUGUGGUGAAGAUUUCAGAGGAGGAAAAACUUUGCCAAGCUCGAAUGCUUAUAGACACUUGUAUGAGAUUUUGGCAAUGCUCGAAAUUACAACGAAUUGGAUGGAUGAAUGCGGGAAGGAUGAAGAAUUGGAAGAAAAUGUUGAAGGAUUAAAAACGAGAAUGAAGGAGGAAAUUGAAAAUGUAAUGAAAACAGUGGAAAGGAAUCGAAUUAAAAAUCUGAAACAAAAAGAGGAGGAACUGAUUGCUGAUUAUGAAAGAAAACGAAAAGAAUUGAUGGAAGAAUUUGAGGAGAAGAAUAGGCAAUUACAAGAAGAAAUUCUCUCUUUGCAAAAUCAAGUAAAAAUUUCAUCAAACCAAGGCCAAAACAAUUCAAUGAAUAAUUUACAUGUUUUAAUAAGGGAUAAUAAGACGAAAUUCAGUUCUUUUGAAAAGACCAUGGACUAUAUGGAGAAGGCAACUCAACCUGAACAUCCUAUAACCCUAUGUAAUCUUGGCCUAAUGUACAGAGAUGGUUUGGGAGUUUCUAAAUCCUUUGGGAAGGCAAGAAAUUUAUUCAAAGCAGCCGCUCUUCUUGGAAAUGCCACUGCUCAAAAUAAUUUAGCAAACAUGUACGAGAAUGGACAAGGUGGUUCUUUAUCUUUGGAAAAGGCAGUGAAAUGGUACCGUGAAUCAGCCAAUCAAGGUAAUGCAGUAGCUCAAUAUAAUCUAGCUCUGUUGUACGAGAAUGGAAAGGUAGUUGCCAAGUCUUUUGAGAAGGCCUUUAAAUGGUAUGAAAAAUCAGCCAGCCAAGGGAAUGUCCAUGCACAAAAUAAUUUGGCAUCACUGUACGAAAGUGGGAGAGGAACUAAACAGUCAUUUAAGAAGGCUUUUGAAUGGUAUCUGAAGGCAGCUCAACAAGGUCACUCAGAAGCUCAAUAUAAUCUUGCUGUAAUGUAUGAGUAUGGACAAGGUACAGAGCAAUCAUUCGGGAAAGCAGUUCAAUGGUAUGAGAAAUCAGCUUCUCAAUGUGAUGCAGAUGCUCAAUUCAAUUUGGGUUUGAUCUACUUGAAUGGAACGAAAUUUCCAGAUUUCCCAAAAGCAUUUGAAUGGUUACGUAAAGCAGCCCACCAAAAUCAUGCAGAAGCUCAGUACUAUUUGGGAACUCUAUUCGAAAAAGGUAUUGGCACUGAAAAAUCCAAAGAGAAAGCUAUUGAAUACUAUCAAAAAUCCAAACUUCAAGGAAAUAAGUAUGCAGAAACAAACCUACUGUUUAUCUUUGGUUCCUAUGAUUGA